AUGGCGGCGGUGGCGGGCGACGCCGAGAACAUCAACAAGCAGGCGCGCAAUGGGCGUAAAGACUGGCUCAACUCCUCAGCGGACAGCGCGUGCCAAUUGGGUCAAGAACAAGCAAGAAAGAAUUUCAACACGAACUCACACGACACUGGGCACGGGACUGGCGCGCACUGGCACUAA